UUGAUUUCAAUGUCAAUCUACAAGUCGACCUGUUAACAGCAAAACUUAUAUUUUAUUUGUAAUUUAACAAUUUCCUUAAUACUUAUGAAUACUAAAUUUACAAAAGUAAUUAACUAAUUUCAAGCACCAUCAGUUGGUGCGUCUAAAGACUGUUAAUAAUAAGUCCAAGUUAAAAGGAAUGAUUUUAUCGAAUAUGCGAAUACGAAAAUUAUCGCUCAAGAAAUGUAUUUAUUUGGCAGUGAUCUGCGCUCUGCUGCUUAUAUUUUAUUUUAAUAACAAGAACUAUGAAGAACUGGACACCCCGCAUCAGCAUCAGAAGGGAAACAAGAAAUUUGAUACAAGGUUCCAGUCGAAGACGUUCCGAGGCAAUGCCUGGUAUUUCUCAAAUACAGAGUACAAUUCCCGUCCGCCUAUGGCCAACAGAAUUGACAAGGAACACAGGUUGCUACCGUCUCAAGUGGAUAAAAGUGACCGCAUUGUCAAUCAGCUGAUGUACGUGCCGCAGAGCUACCACCGGAUCGUAGAAAGCGGCCAGCUGAAAACCAUUCUCCUCGUCCAUGGCCUGCGUCAGUGGAAUGUGAAGAGGGGCCGCGAUAUCUUCCGGAUCGCCAAGUGUCCCGUGCAUACCUGCGAGCUAACUGACGAUAUGCAAAUGGCCAGCACCGCCGACAUGAUGCUCCACAAGGAAAAGUUCAAGCCAACGGGAAAAGUUCCCAAAAAUUCCAAGCAAAUCAACAUGCUCUUUUCUAUGGCCACCUAUGUACCAGUGCCAGAUGGUGUUAACUGGACGGCCACCCACAGACGCGACAGCACCAUCGUUGCGCCCUAUACGAAGUGGGUGUACUACGACGACAACGUCCAGGAGAGGAAACAGGACCGAAACUAUGCGGCGAACAAAACGAAGAAGGUGGCCUGGUUCGUGUCCAAUUGUAACGCGGUAAAUGGUAGAUUAAAGUAUGCCCUUGAGCUGCAACAUCACAUCAAGGUGGACAUUUAUGGCGCAUGUGGCAAGUUGAAAUGCUCGCGUUCCACGCCAGAAAAGUGCUUGAAGUUACUUGAAAAUUACAAGUUCUACCUGGCCUUCGAAGACUCCAACUGCAUGGACUAUAUCACGGAGAAAUAUCUUGUGAAUGCCCUGGACCGAGGGGUGCUGCCCAUUGUGAUGGGUGCCCGGCCGGCGGACUACGAGGAACUGGCGCCUCGUCACUCGUACAUACACGUGGAUAACUUUGAGUCGGCAAAGGAGUUGGCCGAGUAUCUGAGAGUUCUGGACCGUGAUGACGAUCAGUACAACUCGUACUUCUUGUGGAGGGGUACGGGGGAAUUCAUUGACACGCACUUCUGGUGCCGGGUCUGUGCGAUGCUGCACUAUGAGGAUGAGGUGCGAGAUCCGGCCCGGUCCAGCAACGAAAGGAUAUUGCAGGGAAUGUGCAUCCGCGGCUCCUGGAGGGGCCGUAUAGGAAUGAAGGAUACUCACUCCCUCAGAUUGGGGAAGCAAGAUUUAUUCGGAAACAUCAAAGUGGCCAAAAAUUUUAUGCCAGACUAAAAGAUAACAGAUAACAGAAUUAACUACACUCGAUACCAGAGGCUGAAGUUCAACAAAGUGUUUAAAUGUCCCUUGGGUCAAUGGCUUCUGGUCAAUGGCUUUUUAUUAAAAUUUGUCACGCACAGAAAAUGAAAUGGAUUAAUGCA